AUGAUUCGGCCGUUAACUGUAGUCUAUGGAGAAUGGUUGUUCAGAGAUAAUUGUUGGGAUUUUGUGGUGGAUAAUGUCAAGGGAGCGAGAAUGUGCUUUUUGAGUGAUAGUUCUACACAUGCCGAUCUCGUUGAAAUGGCUCAAGAAGAUUAUAAUCUGGACACCAACAGAGAGGUUGUGGAUUUUACUUACUCUUUACCAGAAGAAAUGAUGCAACAAAUGGCUCCAGAUACUCCUCCUAUUCAUGUCACAAAUGAUAGACAAGUUCGGAACUUGAUCGAGAUAUGUAAAACCCAUGAUGUACGUCUUUGUGUAUCAAGCCGAGGCAUGAUGAUUGUUAGUGAUGCCACUGAAGUCUCAGAUGAGGGGGGAGAUGUUAAUAAAGUCUCAGAUAAGGGAGAAGAAGAAGAUUAUGAAGAUGGUAAUGAAGAGGAGGAGGAUGCUGAUGUCCCCAAUUUUGCUGAAGUAAAUGAGGAUGAUUUUGUAGAUUACAGUGUGUAUGGAAAAGUGAAAGAUGAGGAUGAGGAUGAAGUAGAGGCAGAUGAUAUGUGUUUUGAGGGUUUCAAAGCGCCAUAUGCUAGUGAAGGAGGCAGCUCGAAUAUGGCAUUUUCUGACAAUAUCUAUGUCAAACAGAGUUUUGUUAGCAGAGAAGCCUUGGUAACUAAAGCUCUAGUUGUGGCAAAAUGUCGUGUUGCGGGCUGCGGAUGGAAGCUUAGAGUGGUUGAAACAUGGAACAAACACGUUUUGGGUAACCAAGUAUCUGAAAACUACACAUGUUCGGUGUCGGAUCGAAUGGCUCAACGGAAACAUUCUACUCCAAAGUAUGUUGGUAAGCUUUUCAUAGAGCGCGUUGGAAUCAUUGAUGGGUUAAAUCUGAAGCAUAUCAAAGAGGCAAUGAAGAACAUAUUUGGAAUGACGCUAGACUACACCACUUCAUACAGAGCAUUGUUAUAUGCCCAAGAAUUGGUAAGAGGAUCAGUAGAAGAUGGGUAUGGGCGGCUGCCUUCAUAUAUGGAGCAAAUCAAGAUAGUAAAUCUAGGUUCUAUCACUAGUAUAGAACAUGAUGAUAAAGAUAGAUUUAAGUAUCUGUUUCUAGCUUUUGGAGCUUCUAUUACUGGUUUUCAGUAUCAGCGAAGGGUCAUCGUGGUUGAUGGGACUCACCUAAGCAGGAAGUAUGAAGGUGUUAUGCUAGUUGCAGCUGCAAAAGAUGGUAAUUUUCAGAUAUUUCCCUUGGCUUUUGGAAUUGUAGAUGCUAAAAAUGAUGAGUCUUGGGAAUGUUUCUUCACAAAAUUGAGCAGUUGUAUAUCUGAUGAGCAUGCUUUGGUGAUAGUCUCCGACCGUCACACAGCUAUUAAAAACGCAUGUGAUAAGAACAUUGUCAAAAAGUUUAAAGGAAAACAUCUCUUGCACUUGGUUAAAGGCGCUGCUUAUGCUCAUACAGUUUACGACUUCGACCGGUACAUGCAUGAGAUUCGGAGUGCUAAUCCGGCGCUGGCAACAUACUUGGAGGACGCGGACGUGAGACUAUGGUCACGGGUUCAUUGUCAUGGAGAUAGGUACAAUUUAAAAACGAGCAACAUAUCUGAAUCUAUUAACUCUGCACUGAAGCCAGCAAGAGGAUUCCUUUUAGAGUUUAUAAGGGAGAAGCUGGGAAAGUGGUAUUAG